AAGAUCUAACCUUUCACGUCGUUGGUUUCUUUGUUAAGCCUUAUUUAAGCCUUGCUAAAGUACUUUUUGAAGAUGAGAACUGGAAGGGCAGUCAGCCAAGCAAGAAUUGACAAUGCAACAUGUUUACAUAACAAAGAACCUUACAAUUGAUAAGUAUGGCUGUCACAUUUUUCGUGGUUUGUAUACGUAGUUUCCAGUAUAUGUUAGCGAUGGACUGGAAAGAUUGAAGAAUCAUCCCUGAGGCCUUGUUGCAUGACAAUAUAAAGGACAGUCUGUACUAGGAUGGUUAAUUGCUACUAGCUUGAUGAUAAUGAAUUUGCAGAAUUGUAUUCUGAUAGUUUCGAUGUAAAUAGCAGGUAUCUUCAAUCAGACCACCGCAAGGUCAUAUUCACUUUACAAUCAAAGACAGCUGCCGGGCAGUAGGCUCCUGACGCAUCAUAUAAUACACCAGUAGGGAAGCUGUUGAUUAGUUUAGCACGAGGUGCAAAGCUGCUCGUUCGCUCUUGCUGCAUGCUUUUUGAGGCGAAACGUUGGCAUAAAGCUACUGAAAUGCUCAGCGAGUAUCCAGCAAAUCUAGACGAAACUCUAUUUGGUCAUGUGACCGGACACUUAGUUCCUGGUACCAUAUUUAUUCUCAUCGGAUUUUGGUGGAUGUACAAUGUCGUCUUUGACAUCAGAAUUGCACAGUCUGUACGACUAGAUGAAGCCAGACCGUAUGUCUCGAAGGUUUGGUAUGGCGUUCGGCGAGUAAGCAGCAGCCGUAUUGUGCUUUGCAGACACUUGCUGGAACCAUUGAUCAAGGUUGUUAUGGGCUUAGUUGGAGUUUUCAUGGAACUGACUGGGGCGCAUUGGACGCUGUUUGACACGAAAGGUGAUUUUGAAGCUGAGAGUAUAAAUAACUUUUCUCACGCAACAAUGUUCGUUUUCUUCAGUCUGUCGGGCGCUGUGGAUGUGCUGCAAGAAGCUCGAAUAUUGAAUGGGAAAAUGUUUUCCAAACUAGGCCAUAUUGCAAUUGCAUUUGCGUUUUUCAUCGAGGGGGUGUUGUUUUGUUUUCAUCUGGAUGGUAGAAGUGCACUAGAUUCACAUUCUCACAGUAUCAUUUACUCGUUGUGUUUCGCAACUAGCGCUGUAUUUGUCUUGGAAUCAGUAUGGCUGAGUUCUGGAAUGCUUGGGCUCGCUCGUUGCUUUCUGGUCAUUUUGCAAGGAACAUGGUUUUAUCAGAUCACGUUUAUGCUCUAUGGACCGAGGCGUUGGUCAGAGAAGUCAGCCUCUGCUGCCAUGUUCGUACCAAUAGCAUUUGCUUGGCACUGCUUUAUGAUUUUAAUUGUUAUCAUAGCUGCUCUAAUCUUGGCAGAUAAAUGCAUCAAGGCAUCAAGAUACUGUUCUACAGAUUGUGAGACAUUGUCAAUGGAACACUUGCUCGACAAGGAAGAAGAAGAUAAUUCUACAUUAGCCAGCGGUGUAAAUGCUGUAAUUAAUUUUUAAGAUAUUACUAGAUUUCAAUCAUUCCAUAUACCUCCCUUUCCAAUUUUGUUAGGAAUCGUCCACUUAUGCAAGUCUUAGGACCUUUAAGUAGAAAAGGGUAGACCCACAGUCUUAGGAUCUAAAUGUCUUCAUUUGAAUUUUUCUUUCAACGGUGUAAGUGAGUGAAGUAGCGGGUACGUCAGCCCAAUUUUAUGCCGAUGUUGCUGCCUGACUGGAAGGCAGCUUCUUAUUCUAAUAGGUAUUACUUUACAAGGUAUGAGCAGGCGAUAACAUAUCACAAUGGUUAAUUUCCCAUUAUAUAUAGGGGCGGUAUCAGCAUCGCUAUAUACAUCAUGACAAGUGUCAGAAUGGCAUCUUCAACAUAUAGAAAGAAAAGUUUUGUUUAAAACGCAUGCUAUGAACAAUAUGGCUUUUAUUGUCAUUCAAUAUACAAUCACAGAAUAUUCUAGCUGUGUUGUGCACUUACUUGCAGCAAAUUCAAAACAACUCCCCGUAAAAGUUUCUUAAUUAUUUAACACCAGUCCGGCUUUCGUAAACCACAAUUCUAUCUUUGAAUCAGAAAUACAGUUGCCAAUUACGAUCAAAUACUCAAUACGCAUAACUACACCUUGUUUAUAGCAAAAAUACAUUUGCAGCUAUAGCUUUUGUUUUUCAGAUAUGUUUUCAUCUAAUUAGUCAAUUUUCCUAUUUUCGCUUUUAAAUUUUGAGCAAUGUCUACGUUAGAUGUUCUGAACACGAAAAAACCUUUAAAUAUUCCUUGAAAAGAUAUUAAUAAGAAUGUAAAAGUAUAUGGUAGGUAUAUAAAAAGGUGCUUUGGUAAAGUUUAUUCUCUUAUAUUUCACCAAUAUAUUUUUAUUCCGUAUGAAUAGUUAAACUGUUAAUCGCAGAUUUAGGGUGUGUAUGCAAAAUCGUUAGGCAAAGUUUGUAAACGCGAAAAAGAACAUGAAAUUGGUACAAGUGAUAUGCUGUGCUAAUUACACAGAAUGAUUUGAACAGGACUGCAAUACCAGAGACAGAUUGUUCCUACCAUGCUCUUUAUGGAAAGAUUCUAGCACUGGUACAAACAUACAAUAUGACGUUUAUCGCAACACCAAACAAAUUCUCAAAUCCAUCCAAAGUGAACACGAGAACCGCAUUGAAAACGUUCUUACAUCUCAAGGAUUUAUUAUCUCGUGCAUCUUAAAAUUUGCUUCUAAGGGAACUAAUCAACUUUGGUCUAGUGUCCAGCAAAAGUUACCAAAAAACAUUUACAAAUUUACCAUCAAAUACCUAAACAACACUCUUGCCACUAGGAAAAACCUCUGCAAAUGGUCAAUUACUCAGUCAUCUGCCUGCUCUUUCUGUUUCCAAUCAGAAUCAUUACAGCACAUAGUCUCUAGCUGCAAGAAUUAUCUUGAACAUGGUAGGUAUACCUAGAGACAUGAUUCUGUACUUCUAUAUUUGGCUAAAACCCUCUCAACACCUAGAAACAGCUCACUUUACGCCGACCUGCCUUCAUUUCUAUCACCUUCUUUAAUCACAGGCGACUCCUAUCGACCAGAUCUUGUCUUCGUAACUGAAGAUCGAAUCCUUUACAUGCUAGAGCUUACUGUUGGGUUCGAAAGCAACA